AUGCAAACAAACAAUCCAGAAGCUAGCACUACUCAAACAAACAAUUCCAAUCAAUCAACAAACAACCAACCAAUAAAUGAACUGUGCAGAGUCAGUUUCAAACCCCCCGAAUUCUGGAAAGCUGAGCCAGAACUAUGGUUUUACAGAAUUGAAUGUCAGUUCCGAACUGCUGGGAUUUCAACUGACGAUUGCAAGUUCGACUAUACAGUUGCCAGCCUAAACUGCGAAACACUUACGGAAGUAGCCGACCUUAUACGCAGUCCACCGGCAACAGACAAGUAUUCAGCACUCAAAAAUCGUUUAAUUAGCAGAUUUGCAGAUAACGAUACAGUCAGAAUCCAAAAACUGCUUGCAGGAGUUGCAUUGGGAGAUCAGAAACCUUCACAACUCCUACACAAAAUGCAGAGCCUAAAUAACAAUAAAUUACAAGACUCUGUCAUUAAAACUCUUUGGUUAGAGCAGUUACCAUCUACAAUGAAGGCCAUAUUAAUGGUAAGUGGCGAAGAUCUAACAAAAUUAGCUGAAAUAGCUGACAAAAUAAAUGAAACAUUAGACAGACCAGCAAACCUCUAUGGUAUGUCUAGUUUGGAAGAUCAAAUUAACCAAUUGAAGCAACAAGUCAAUAAAUUAACAACAGAACUCAAGAACAAGCCACAGAAGCAAGGAUCUUCACAGUCCACUAAUGAAAAUUGUUGGUACCACGAAAACUUUGGGAAGAAAGCAAAGAAGUGUGAAAAACCAUAUGUCAGUGUCCUUCCGUUAUCAAGGUUCCCAGGCAAUUCUGAUCCAAAUUUCAGUCUUUUAUCAGCCAAUGGAUCACUAAUUAAAACUUUUGGCAAGAAGGAAUUAACUAUCGAUCUCAAUUUAAACAGAAAAUUUACGUGGACGUUCGUUAUAGCACAAGUUACCCAUGCUAUCAUUGGAGCUGAUUUUUUGGCCCAUUUUGGUAUUCAAGUUGAUCUAAAACACAGAAAACUUAUUGAUUCUUAUACUACAACAACACAAUACUGCCAAGUCAGAGACACAGAAGUUUUGGGUGUAAAGGCUAUCCAUUUAGCAGAUAUCAUUACAGAAUUGUUAACAAAAUAUUCAAAUAUACUUGGACCCAUUUGUCAAACACAAACUGAAAUAAAUACCUUUCAUUUUAUUGAAACAAAAGGCCCACCUGUCUAUUCAAAACCCAGACGUUUAUCACCAGAUAAAUUAUCUAUUGCUAAAGAAGAAUUCCAAAAGCUCAUUGAACAGGGUAUUUUACGACCAUCGUCAUCUAACUGGGUAAGUCCAUUACAUUUGACUAAGAAGAAAAAUGGUACUUGGAGAGUUUGUGGCGAUUAUCGUCGACUCAACGCAGUCACGAAACCUGAUCGCUACCCUAUUCCACACAUACAAGACAUAACAUAUGAUUUACACAACAAAAGCAUAUUCUCAACCGUCGAUUUAACUCAAGCAUUUCACCAAAUUCCAGUUAACACGGAUGAUAUUCCCAAGACAGCAAUUAUCACUCCUUUUGGUCUAUUUGAAUAUGUAAAAAUGCCAUUUGGUUUACGGAAUGCAGCACAAACCCUGCAGAGAUUCAUGGACCACAUUUUUCGAGACCUUUCAUACGUCUAUGUUUACAUCGACGAUAUUCUUAUUGCAUCCAGAACUCGUGAAGAACAUCAACAACACUUAGACACUGUUUUCAACAGACUUUCAAAAUAUUGUCUCACAAUCAAUUUAGAAAAAUGUAAAUUUGGCGAAAAAGAAGUAACAUUUCUAGGAACCAUAAUCACAUCUAAAGGAAUAAGACCAUUACCUGAAAAAGUAGAAGCCAUUAGAAAUUUUCCGAAUCCAACAACAAUCCAGGAACUUCGACAAUUUUUGGGCAUGAUCAAUUUCUAUAGAAGAUGGUUACCUAAUGCUGCUCAAGAAAUGUUACCCCUGACUAAUUUGUUACAAAAUGUAAAAUCAAAAUCAGCUAAAAUAGAUUGGAAUCAAGAACUCGAAGACGCUUUUAAGAAAAUAAAACAAUUGUUAGCAGAUUCAACAGAACUAAUCUAUCCUGACCCAAAUGACAAAUUAGCUCUAGCAGUAGAUGCUUCCAGCAAAGCUAUUGGAGGAGUUAUACAUCAAGCUACUCAACAUGGAAUAGUACGACCUAUUUCAUUCUUUUCCAGAAAACUGUCCACCACUGAACAAAACUACAGCACAUAUGAUAGAGAGUUAUUGGCAAUGUAUAGUGGUGUGCAGCAGUUUCGUCAUUUCUUGGAAGGAAGGGAAUUUACAAUUUACACCGACCAGAAACCCUUAAUGUAUGCCUUUAAACAAAAGCAUGAAAAAGCUUCUCCACGCCAAAUCAGACAAUUAACAUUUAUUAGUCAAUUUACCACUGACAUCCAACAUAUAAAAGGAAUAGAAAACAUAGUAGCAGAUGUUUUAUCCAGACCAACCAUUUGUACCAUAGAGCAGAUCAAUUACAAUGACAUUGCAAGCAAACAAAAAGAAGACCAGAAUUUACUAAAUAUUAUAAACAAAACAGUCAAAUCCAGUUUGCAACUUCAACUUAUCAAACUUCCAGACAGCGAUGAACCAUUAUACUGUGAUUUAACUGACCAAAGAAUCAGACCUUAUAUUCCACAGGACUACACAAAAAGAAUUUUCAGAAAGUUUCACGAUAUUUCACAUCCAGGGCAACGUGCAAGUCAAAAAUUAAUAUCAAGCAGAUUUGUUUGGACAAAUAUGAGAAAGGAUAUUAAUAUCUGGGUAAAAGAAUGUAUUAAGUGCCAAAGAUCCAAAGUAAACAAACAUACCCAUUCACCAUUACUUAAAAUUGAGGUACCUAAGCAAAGAUUUUCUCAUAUACACAUGGACAUUGUAGGACCAUUACCACCUUCCAAUGAUUAUAAAUACUUAUUAACAAUAAUUGAUAGAUUUACUAGAUGGCCAGAAGCGAUACCUAUCAAAGAAAUAACAAGUGAAAAUGUUGCAAAAGAAUUGAUAGAAAAGUGGAUUGCAAGAUUUGGAAUACCUCAGAAAAUAACUACAGAUAGAGGUAGGCAAUUCGAAUCGUACUUAUUCAAACAUCUCACUAAUUUACUGGGCAUUACUCAUAUCAAAACCACUGCUUAUCACCCUCAAGGCAAUGGAAUGAUUGAACGUUUUCAUAAGACACUUAAAAAUGCCUUAAUAGCAACAAAUAACACUAAAUGGACUGAGAGUUUACCACUAAUCCUACUUAGUAUACGAAACACUUUAAAAGAAGACAUACAUAGUACAGCAGCCGAAAUGGUUUAUGGCACAACACUAAUGCUACCAGGUGAAAUUUUCAGCAGUUCCCAACAACAAAUCGAUGAAGUGGAUUUCAUUAAGAAACUAAGAACAACAAUGAGGGACUUGAAACCAGUCAACGCAAGCAACCAUGCCAAUCACAGACCAUUCGUGCAUUCGGAUCUUUUGCAAACGCCUUGCGUUUUUGUAAGACAGGACCAAGUAAGACCACCUUUAUCUCCACCAUAUGCUGGUCCAUUCAAGGUAUUGUUCAGGAACGAAAAAUUUUUCAAGAUAGAUGUCAAUGGGCGUACAGAAAGUAUAUCAGUAGAUAGAUUGAAGCCAGCAUAUGUUUCCAAUAGCAGAGAAAUACAGGGAGAACAUUCUUAUGCAUUACCAUACCUAGAAGAAAUAUCAAGCAUAGAAACAUCAAGAAAAGAUGCCACCCGCCAUUGUCAAGAAAAAGACGCCCUUCACCAUAUCAAGAAAAUUACUCUCAAGACCGCCACUUCCAGAUCUCCACUCGCUGUUCUCAACAACGACAUAUCAAACAGUUUUGAAGAGGACGAGGCUUCACCAAUAUUGGACGACGAUUUUACAACAAGGGGCAUGGCUAGACUCAGUUCAGCAGCUACGUGUUUGGUGGCAGGUGUCGAAUAUACACAUGGACAGCAGAUUUAUCGAAUAGAUCCAUGCGAGUUCUGUCUUUGCCUCGAUGGAGAAAUGUUUUGCUGGUGGCAAGACUGUCCUCCUGCUAUGGAAGGGCCUUGCAAGAAUUUAGGACCUUUUACGCCAUGUGUAAGUAUUUCAGUAGCUCCACCCACGAGAAACAAACCUAAUCAAAUUUCAACAUAUCAGUCCACGACACCAGCAAAACUUUCUACAACAAGAAAACCAAUUAAAUACAAGAAAGAAAAUAUCACUACACAAUCGGGCAUGGAAUUGGAAGAUGACAGUUUGACAAGUACGGUUCGUGAUCUACCUGAAUCUUCCACGUUUUCAGAAGAAAUUAGCACACCAGAAGUAGAUGACACUAGCUAUUCGAGUACAUCGACAGAAGAACCAAAAAGUUGUAUUGUUAUGGGGCAGGAAUAUAAAGUGGGCGACAAUCUGCCGCACAGCACGGGCAAUUGUUUGGAGUGCAUCUGCGGCGCGGGGGGCCAGAUUACCUGCUCGCCCCAUCAGUGCGCCCCCGCGGGAGACGAAAUUAACGACUAUCGCCCGCCGGGACUCCGACAAGGAAACGAAGCCUUCAAAUAAACACAGUUUUAGGUUAUUCUUGUUUUUUUUGUGUUUUACCUUAUUUUGUAAAAUGUGUUAAGGGUUGAGUUACUGGUCUUCGUAUAACUGCAGGAGGAUUGUUUGGUGUAAGUAAAUAUAAAAUGAAGGAUUGUCUCUGUAACAAUAUUUUUUUUUAAGAUCCAAAGUAUUAUGUAAUACAAAGAUUUUUUAGCGUUUAAGUUUGAAAAUGUUUAUUUUUUAUAAAUUAAAAUCGUAUUUGUAUUCGGUUCUCAAGAAAAAUACAAUACUUGCAGAUGCGAUUUGUAGAAUUUUACCUUAAAACUAUAUCUUUUGCU